GGCACAGGCUGUGCCGCUGUGGGAUUCUUGCCGAUUCUUGCCGUCCAACCGCCUGCCUUGAUUAAUCCGUCGUCGUUGUGUCGUCGCACGGCGUGCUUGGAGCCUUGGAGGACCAAAGCUACGUGCGGACAAAUCGUACGGCAAGUCUACCCCGCUCUGGUUUCCUCCGUCGCAUCGCAAAUUCGCAAUAUCGCAUCGACGCCUCGUCCCUCCUAGGCCUAGCUAGUCUACUCCGACCAAGUUGUCGCCGAGAAGCGAGGAGCGCCGGCGAUGGAGGUGAAGUGCCGUCGGCUGGAGGGGAAGGUAGCCGUCGUGACGGCCUCCACGCAGGGCAUCGGUCUCGCCAUCGCCGAGCGCCUCGGCCUCGAGGGCGCCGCCGUCGUCAUCUCCUCCCGCAAGAAGAAGAACGUCGACGAGGCGGUCGUGGGCCUCAGGGCGAAGGGGAUCACCGUCGUCGGGGUGGUCUGCCAUGUCUCCAUCCCGGAGCAGCGCAAGAACCUCAUCGACACGGCGGUCAAGAAUUUUGGGCAUAUCGACAUAGUUGUCUCCAAUGCUGCUGCCAAUCCUUCCGUAGAUAACAUAUUAGAAAUGAAAGAGCCUAUCCUUGACAAACUAUGGGAUAUUAAUGUUAAGGCAUCUAUUCUUCUUCUUCAGGAUGCUGCUGCAUAUUUGCGGAAGGGAUCAUCCGUGAUAUUGAUUUCUUCAAUUACUGGCUAUAAUCCAGAACCAGCAUUGUCGAUGUAUGCUGUUACAAAAACUGCCCUGCUUGGUCUCACAAAGGCUCUUGCUGCUGAGAUGGGGCCAAAUACUCGUGUUAACUGUAUAGCCCCUGGUUUUGUUCCUACAAAUUUUGCUCGUUUCCUCACAACUAAUGACACCAUUAAAAAUGAGCUUAUUGACAGGAGCACACUUAAGAGAUUGGGUACUGUGGAAGACAUGGCUGCAGCCGCAGCUUUCUUGGCAUCAGACGAUGCAUCAUUCAUUACAGCUGAAACUAUUGUUGUUGCUGGAGGAACUCGAUCUAGGCUGUAGAUCUAAGCUGGGCUUGGCUAUGGUUUGACAGGCUGGCGACUUACAAAGUGCACUUCUUGCUGGUAAAUAACCUAUAGUUCUUGCUAUAGGCAAUAUAAUACUAUAUGUACAAGGACCGAUGUUAAACUGCUUAAAUCGUGACCGGAACUUUUUUCGUUGCUUUGAAGUCACCCAUGUCAAUAUGUCA